UCUGCUCUCUCUCUGUCUUUAUAACACACACAAAGCAUAAACCGCGUUUUCCUUAGCAAAAUCACCCCCUCCAAGGGCCCAGAAUUAUCAUCUCGUCUUGCUGCUCCCUUUAUUUGUCAAACCAUCUUCAGAACCAUUUUUCUUUUUCACUUCAACUUUAUUAUCAACGAAAUGCAAAUCAAUGACCAUUAGGAUUCGAAUUCCUUAGCUUUCCGGAUUUCGAAAUCCAGAGGUCGUUUCUUGUUCAAGAAAAUACCAAGUUUUUGAAUGAUGGUCGGUUUCCAACUAAACGCUGCCUUUUCGCUACUCCUUGUUUAUUUACUGUUUCCAUCGUUUUGUCUUGGCAUUCGUUAUAUUCCGAUCAGAGUCAUUGACGGUGGAGAUGUGCUGGGUUUUGAUCGAUUCGCUGAGGCGCCAGACUACCGUAACGGGAGAGGCUGUCAGGUGUCAGCCAAUGAGAGGGAGUUUGGAUUGAAUCCUUCAUCGUGUGACCCCUCUUUAGUUCACAUCGCAAUGACUCUUGACUCUGAAUAUAUUCGUGGUUCCAUCGCAGCUGUCCAUUCAGUUAUCAAACACGCCUCUUGUCCUGAAAACAUCUUCUUCCAUCUCAUAUCAGCUGAGUUCGACCCGGCCAGCCCCCGAAUCUUGACUCAACUCGUUCGAUCUACGUUCCCUUCGCUCAAGUUCAAAGUGUACAUCUUCCGUGAAGACACGGUCAUAAAUCUGAUAUCAUCUUCAAUCCGUGAAGCUCUAGAGAACCCAUUGAACUACGCAAGAAACUACCUUGGGGACAUCCUGGAUACCUGCGUCCACCGAGUCAUUUACCUCGACUCAGACCUCAUACUGGUCGACGACAUUGAUAAACUCUGGGACACAACCUUAACUGGGUCCAAAAUCAUCGGCGCACCAGAGUAUUGUCAUGCGAAUUUCACGACAUACUUCACCGACAAUUUCUGGUCUGACCCGCUUCUGUCACGGGUUUUCGGGUCAAGAAAGCCUUGCUACUUCAACACGGGUGUGAUGGUGAUGGAUUUAAUGAAGUGGCGAGAAGGAAAUUACAGGAGAAGAAUAGAGUUCUGGAUGGAAAUGCAGAAGCAAAAGAGGAUCUAUGAGCUGGGUUCUUUGCCUCCAUUUUUACUGGUAUUUGGUGGUAAUGUACAGGCCAUUGAUCACCGGUGGAACCAGCACGGACUCGGUGGUGAUAAUGUGAAGGGCAGCUGUCGGUCAUUGCAUCCGGGUCCGGUUAGUUUAUUACAUUGGAGCGGAAAGGGUAAGCCUUGGGUCAGACUUGACACCAGAAAGCCUUGUCCUCUUGAUCAUCUUUGGGAACCGUAUGAUCUUUACAAGCAGAAAAAUAUUGUGGCCAAAGAACAGCCUUCUUUGGUGUUUUCAUCUUCUAGUUCGUCGUCUCCAUUGAUCGAAUUCGCAAGUUAUUUGUAAUCAUUCUUUCCGCAUUUGGCCCUCUUUUUUUUUAACCAUUCUUUGAUAGAUGUGUAUAGUCACAGUCCCGCAGAGGGUUGGAAAAUCAUUGAUGGGGAUUGUUGGGGGGAUUUGGGGCUUUUUCAUAUUUUUUGUUAUUAUUAAUUUCUCGGAGAUUUUCCAAUUCUUUUUUCUUUCUUUUUAUUUAGGGGUUCCAGUGCUUGGAACAAUUUUGUUGAAGAAUUAAUUUCCUUGUAUGUAUUAAUUGCAUUAUUUCGAAGAAUAAAAAUACAUUGUUCUUUUGUCAUAAA